AUGGCUACGGUUAAUAAAACUCAGCGAAAAUUUCAGCCACCAGAUUGGUUUACAAAUUCUUUUAUGAUGUCUGCCAAUUCGGUCCGCCAACGGCAGGCGUCACAUGAUAUCAGACAAGAGACGAGAGCACUGCGUUUGUCUGCUGCACUUAGAACAAAAUGGGAUAAUUAUUACAACACAACACGAUUAGCUGACAGACUAGAUACAAUCCUUUCGUUCAAAGAUAUAUUGGAGCUUGCAAAAUCGAAACUUGAUGAAGAAAUAUCGAAAUUGUCUGCCGGAAAAGAUGCCCUGGAAAAACAAAUCGCCGAUAUGCAAGUUCCAGAAGACUGCAACGUUGAAUGCCUUACUCUUCGAGACCGACGACGCGGAGUAGACUUCAAUGAGGAUAAACCAGAAUAUGAAUUGAAAGCGGUAAAAUAA